UAGUGCUGAACUUGCUGACGAUUUGGUGAAACCAGAAACAUUUGUCCCAGAAAAUACAGCUGAUGCUCCAAAAUUCAUGGAGGCUGCCAAAGAUGGUGAGCACCCAAAGACAGAGGAAAUCCCUAGUACUGAAGUUGGUGAUGAUUCAUUAAGUUCAGAAAUAAUUACAAUUGAGAGAAGUUUUGAUUUGGAAAAACCACUGGUUAAGGAGGAGAAAGAGGAUGUCAAAAAAACAGGGGUACAAACUUUGGUAGAGACGGAAAAAGAUAGCAAGGUACCUAAAAAAGAGAGUGAAACUGUUGUUGAAAUUGCAGAGGAAUCCGUGAAAUCAUCAGAAGUUAUUGCACCUGCAACAGAAGUAGUUGCAGAGGAGGUGAAAGAUGAGGUUACAAAAGAAAAUGCUCCAAAUUUAGCUGAGCGUGACAAAGAUAGCGUCGGUCCAACAACAGAGAUCAUUCCUAGUGCUGAACUUACUGAGGAUUUGGUAAAACCAGAAGCAUUUUUCCCAGAAAAUACAGCUGAUGCUCAGAAAUUGGAAGAGGCCGCCAAAGAUAGAGAGGAUCGAAAGACAGAGGAAAUCCCAAAUACUGAAGUUGGUGUUGAUUCAGUAAGUUUGGAAGUAAUUACAACUGAGAGAAGCUUUGAAUUGGAAAAGCCAGUGGUGCAGGAGGAGGAGAAAGAGGAUGUUGCAAAAACGAAGAUACCAACUAUGGAAGAAGCCAAAAAAGAGAGUGCGGUACCUAAAAAAGAGACUGAAACUGUUGCUGACAUUGCUGAGGAGUCGGUGAAAUCAGAAGAAGUAAUUGCACCUGCAACAGAAGUGGUUGCAGAGGAGGUGACAGAUGAGGUCCCAAAAGAAAAUGCUCCGACUUUAGCUGAGCAUGACAAAGAUAGUGAGGCUCCAACAGCAGAGAACAUUCCUAGUACUGAACGUGUUGAGGACUUGGUGAAACCAGAAACAUUUGUCCAAGAAAAUACAGUUGAUGCUCCAAAGUUGGAGGAGGCCGCCAAAGAUGGUGAGGACCCAAAGACAGAGGAAAUUCCUAGUACUAAAGUUGGUGAUGGUUCAUUAAGUUCGGAAGUAAAUACAGCUGAGAGAAGCUUUGAAUUGGAAAUACCACUGGUUGAGGAGAAAAAGCAUGUCACAAAACCAGAGGUACCCACUUUGGUAGAGACGGAAAACGACAGCGAGGUACCAAGAAAAGGGAAUGAAACUGUUGUUGAAAUUGCAGAGGAGUCGGUGAAAUCAGAAGAAGUUAUUGAACCUGCAACAGAAGUGGUUGCAGAGGAGGUGAAAGACGAGGUCCCAAAAGAAAAUGCUCCAACUUUAACUGAGCAUGACAAAGAUAAUGAGGCUCCAACAGCAGAGAACAUUCCUAGUGCUGAAUUAGCUCAGGAUUUGGUGAAACCAGAAACAUUUGUCCCAGAAAAUACAGCUGAUGCUCCAAAAUUCAAGGAGGCUGCCAAAGAUAGUGAGCACCCAAAGACAGACGAAAUCCCUAGUACUGAAGUUGGUGAUGAUUCAUUAAGUUCAGAAAUAAUUACAAUUGACAGAAGUUUUGAUUUGGAAAAACCACGGGUUAAGGAGGAGAAAGAGGAUGUCAAAAAAACAGGGGUACAAACUUUGGUAGAGACAGAAAAAGAUAGCGAGGUACCUAAAAAAGAGAGUGAAACUGUCGUUGAAAUUGCAGAGGAGUCCGUGAAAUCAUCAGAAGUUAUUGUACCUGCAACAGAAGUGGUUGCACAGGAUGUGAAAUAUGAGGUCGCAAAAGAAAAUGCUUCAACUUUACCUGAACAUGACAAAAAUAGUGAGGCUCCAGCAACAGAGAACAUUCCUAAUGCUGAACUUGCUGAUGAUUUGGUGAAACCAGAAGUAGUUGUUCCAGAAAAUACAGCUGAUGCUCCAAAAUUGGAAGAGGCCACCAAAUAUAGAGAGGAGCCAAAGACAGAGGAAAUCCCUUGUACUAAAGUUGGGGAUGAUUCAGUAAGUUCAGAAGUAAUUACAACUGAGAGAAACUUUGAAUUGGAAAAACCACUGNUUAAGGAGGAGAAAGAGGAUGUAGCAAAACCAGAGGUACCAACUUUGGUAGAGACGGAAAAAGACAGCGAGGUACCUAAAAAAGAGAGUGAAACUGUUGCUGAACUUGCAGAGGAGUCGGUGAAAUCAUCAGAAGUUAUUGCACCUGCAACAGAAGUGGCUGCAGAGGAGGUGAAAGAUGAGGUCACAAAAGAAAAUGUUUCAACUUUUGCUGAGCAUGACAAAGAUAGUGAGGCUCCAACAACAGAGAACAUUCUUAGUGCUGAACUUGCUGAUGAUUUUGUGAAACCAGAAGCGUUUGUCCCAGGAAAUAAAGCUGAAGGUCCAAAAUUGGAAGAGGCCGCCAAAGAUAGAGAGGACCCAAAGACAGUGGAAAGCCCUAGUACUACAGUUGGUGAUGAUUCAGUAAGUUCGGAAGUAAUUACAACUGUGAGAAGCUUUGAAUUGGAAAAACCACUGUUUAAGGAGGAGAAAGAGGAUGUUGCAAAACCAGAGGUACCAACUUUGGUAGAGACGGAAAAAGACAGCGAGGUACCUAAAAAAGAGAGUGAAACUGUUGCUGAAAUUGCAGAGGAGUUGGUGAAAACUGAAGAAGUUAUUGCACCUGCAACAGAAGUGGUUGCAGAGGAGGUGAAAGAUGAGGUCACAAAAGAAAAUGCUCAAACUUUAGCUGAGCAUGACAAAGAUGGUGAGGCUCCAACUACAGAGAACAUUCCUAGUGCUGAACUUGCUGAGGAUUUGGUGAAACCAGAAACAUUUUUCCCAGAAAUUACAGCUGAUGCUCCAGAAUUGGAGGCCGCCAAAGAUGGUGAGGACCCAAAAACAGAGGCAAUCCCUAGUACUAAAGUUAGGGAUGAUUCAGUAAGUUCAGAUGUAAUUACAACUGAGAGAAGCUUUGAAUUGGAAAAGCCAGUGGUGCAGGAGGAGGAGAAAGAGGAUGUUGCAAAAACGGCGAUACCAACUUUGGUAGAAACUGAAAAAGAGAGCGCGGUACCUAAAGCAGAGAGUGAAACAGUUGCUGAAAUUGCUGAGGAGCCAACGAAAACAGAAGAAGUUAUUGUACCUGCAAAAGAAGUAGUUGCCAAGGAGGUGAAAAAUGAGGUCGCUAAAGAAAAUGCUCCAACUUUAGCUGAGCAUGACAAAGAUAGUGAGGCUCCAACAACAGAGAGCAUUGCUAGUGCUGAACUUGCAGAAAGUUUAGUGAAACCUGAAACAGUUGUCCCAGAAAAUACAGUGGUUGUUGCAGAGGAAGCUAAAGAUGAAGUGAAAGAAACCGAUGAUCCAAAGUUAGUCUCCACCACCAAAGUUCGCGAGGUGCAAAAAGAAGAGAGUGUUCCUAGGGCUGAACUUGCUGGGAAUUUGGUCAAAUCCCAGGCAGCUGCCCCAGAAUGGACACUGGUUGUUGUAGAGGGGGUGAAAGAUGAAGUUAAAGAAAUUGAUGCUCCAAAAUUGGCUAAGACCCCAAAAGAUAGUGAGGCCCCAAAAGAAGGGAGUGUCACUAGGACCGAGUCUGUUGAGGAACCAGUAAAAUCAGAACCAGUGACAACAGAGAGAAUCUUUGAACCCGAAAAUGUAGUGGCCAAAGAGGAAGAGAAAGAGGUGUCAAAAGCUGAUGCUCCAAAUUUGGAGGAAGCAGCCACAGAUAGCAUAACUCCAGAAGUUAAAGGUAGUGGCAGUGCUGAAGUUGCUGAGGAUAAAUCUAUUGACAAACCAGAGGUCGAGGAGAUUGCUUUUACUCAAGAUAGUGAAGCAGUGAAGGAAGAAGAGAACAAAGAGGGGGCCGUGGAAACUGACGUUCGGAGUUCGACAGAGAAACCAGAGUAUGGAGAAGAGAAAAGAGUAGUGGAUUCUUCUAAACAAGAAAAAGAACAGAGUGUCACUACCACCAAGCAUAUGGAGGAACCAGUAAAAUCAGAACCAGUGAUAACAGCUAGAAGCUUUGAACCAGAAAAUGUAGUGGCCAAAGAGGAAGAGAAAGAGGUGUCAAAAGCAGAUGCUCCAAAUUUAGAAGCAGUGGCCAAAGAUAGCGGAGCUCUAGAAGUGAAAGAUGGUGGUAGUGCUGAACUUGUUGAGGAUAAAUCUAUUGACAAACCCGAGGUUGAGGAGAUUGCUUCUAUUCAAGAUAGUGAAGCAGUGAAGGAAGAAGAGAAGAAAGAGGGGAGUGUGAAAACUGAAGUUCCAAGUUCAACAGAGAAACCUGAGCAUGGAGAAGAGAAAACAGAAGAGGUUUCUUCUAAACAAGAAGUACCCAUGAAACAGCACCACAAGAAGUCGCAUAACAUAUUAUCAAAUGUCGGUUCAAAGGUGAAACAGUCGAUUGUGAAGGUUAAAAAGGUAAUUACAGGGAAAUCUCCAAACCCAAAGCCGGUCUCAUCAGAAACAAAAGAGUGACAAAAGGGAGUACAAAUUCAAAACAAAAAAAAGGAAGAGGGUUUCAGUUGAAAUUUGUUGGACUUGUUUUUUAUGCUGUAAAUGUGGUGUGCAUGGGGUGUUUUAUUUUGCUUUUCUGUGUGCAAAUGUUGUGUUUUCCAGGUUGGUGUGUCACUUGUGGGGAUAAAGGUGUGUAGAAAAUCAUGGUCCUUUUGAUUGGUUUUGGUUUCUCUUGCUGAUUGUGGGAUAAGGGAGAACAUUUUUUUGAUAUGGUUUUGUUAUGUAGAUGCUUCUAUGCUUGUUCUUAUUCUUUACAAUAUGUCCAGUAAAAUGCAACUUGAGUUUGUUGUACU